AUGAAGUUUCUCAUCUCUGCCUCCACGGCCGCACUAGUUGGCCUUUUGUCACUAACGCAUGUUGCACUUGGAGAAGACUAUUUUAAAUGUAGUCACAACCAAUUAUUUUACCUGAGUUUCCUAGAAAUGAAAAUUAAAGAUUACGAUCUGAAAAAUGUGAAAUCCGGCGAUCCUACAAAUCCUCACGGCCAAUUUUACAAGACAUUUCGAGGAACACUGAUGCAAAAGGAAAACUUCUUCGUAAAAUACAUAUUUCAAUUAAUUGAUGAUACUCCAACCUUCCGCGUCCAUGAAAAAAUUAAAAAGGAAUGGAAACAAUGCGCUUAUAUAAAAUAUACAAAAGCAAUCAGACAAGGAACUAUAUUCAAAUUAAAGCGGCGUCUAGCAAAGGAAGUUGGCAAUGGGACAAGAUGA